AUGAACUCAACUCAGGCUGCUAUCGAGAACGUUGACCUCGACAAACUCAACGACGCCGACAAGGGUGAACUUCGCCAGUUCCUCAACACUCAACAACAGCGGUCGCAGAUCCAGUCCCAGACACAUCAGCUCACGCAGGUGUGCUGGACGAAGUGCUUCACCGGAAACGUUAGCGGCAGCAAGCUGGACAAGACCGAGGAGGGAUGUCUGGCGAACUGCGUUAACCGUUUCAUGGACCUGAACCUCCUCACAGUCAAGCACCUCAACUCAAUGAGGCACUGA